AUGACGGAUCGUGCAGUGACGGGACCGGAUGUUGUUGUCAAGGCUCCCUCUCAAAAACGGAAGAGGAACAGACUUUCUUACGUUUGCAAGGCUUGCAGGACUGCUAAGGCAAAAUGCGACAAAGAGAAACCGCAGUGCGGCAGAUGCUAUAAGCUUGGGGUCGAGUGUGUGUACGAUACAAUCAUACAGACGGGCCCGAAGUACUCGACUAAGGAGACCAAGAUACGCAUUCUAGAGAACGAGUUGGACUACUGGCAGAAGAAGACCAAAGAGUUAUUCAAAGAACAAGAGGAUUCCAUUCUGAAAAGAUCCAAAAACGUGCAGAAGGGGCCACAGGAGUCUGUUGCCGGGAGUAAUCGGUUGGCUUGGCUAGAACCCGUCUUGAUGGCGGCGCCGACAGACCGUUCGUCACUCGCUGCAGAUCCAUUUUUCCAACUCCAUGUGAACGUUUGUAACACGAAUCCAAGGCUAAUUAUGUCCCGGGUGAUGAAACGGGAGGUCAAUCCUCUGUCGGAGAACUACCUGAUCAUUAACGAUACUUUUUUUGCCGCGCUGCUGGUGUCCCUUUUUAUGAACUUGAGCAGUAAAAGGGAAUGCAAUUCGGGAAAUAUCAUUAUAUCUGCGCUGACGGCCGACUUGUCAAUAUCUAGGACGCACUCGGAUGUGACGCAGAGUGUUACGAGGUUGAAGAACGUAACGUUACAACAAAGCGACCCGAAGGACACAGCUAAGAUCAAUGAAUUUUUCGACCGGCUGUUCCAGAUAACGGACCCAAAUUCUAACGUGAAAAUGAAGACGUUGAUGGAGUCCCUGAAAAGCACCACGGAAAAUGCGUACUUAGAGGAUCACUGCACAAAUGACUACUCUGAUCUGCUAAAGAGCUUUAUCAAGAGUUUUGAGACUUUAUUACCGCCAAUGAACAUUAUAGAGGAUUACAAGAACCAUUUUUACGAGAGUAUCUACGCGAUGCUGCCGUUCUUAGAGAUUGACAUGUUUGAGGAGGUCAUUAGCGGGAUAAUACGACGGGACCCCAAAGAUAGUAGCAAAAUCUCCAUUUCGUUGGGUCAAACGGAACUGCGGAACAAAAUCGAAAACCUGUGUCUGCUGGCAUGCAUCUUGAAAGUUUCGUACAUGUCUCUCAGUAUGACCGAGAUGAGUAGCUUUCCAGACGGGCCACCCCCCUUUGACCCUCAAAUUUUGCAAGAGCACCCUAUCAGUAGCGAUCUGAUUACACUGGUGCUGCGAUGCAUUUCGAGUGAGAAUUGGGGGGCAUGUCCGAAUGAAAACAUCAUCUCGAAUCUUUUGUACGUGUGGGCCUUUUUCGUGUUUUCCCCCGAUGAGGGUGAUUUUUUCGUUGAUGCUCCCACAGAUAUCCUGGGGGACACCGUAAUUAUGUUAUCAACUGCAGUUGGCCUACAUCGAGAUCCCUCAGACUAUACUUCUCUGCGACAGUACUUGGACAAAAGAUUGUUGAACCACAGGCGGCUUCUGUGGCUAUCUGUGAUAUCCAUGUCUGUGUUUGAGUCUGUGUUGAAGGGUCGUAGAAUAUACUCGAACCGGUUAUUGGACACGUUUAUUGACAUAAAUUCGGGGGACGCAUUUGCCGAUUACAUGGACAGGGUAGAAAGAGAUCUCCCUGAGAAUUGUAAGACAAGGAUGUUUCUGUUGAAUUUGCACGAGAUGGUGUACCGUAGGACAUAUUUGGCGCUGCUACACCAGGAUUUGAACGACCUGACGAUGACAUACAGUUCUUCGAUCCCGCUUUGGAAGAUCGAAAAUGCAAUGAGCAAAAUUGACGAUUUCAACAGGGAGAAUAUGGCGUCUAAAGCUGUGAGCCUGUCUGAAUUGGGCGAGUCCCCCGAGGAUAUGUUGAACCAGAUGUUUAUUAUCACGACGCGGCCGACUUUGUUGUUCAUUGGUAAGAUAAUUAGCGAUGUGUUGGAGUUGCGUACUACGUAUGCGUUGAUGCUACAUUUUGAGCAAAAAUGUCACAGGGACGGCACGUCACACCUGAAGUACUACUUCCGAUAUUUCAAGCUGACUGUGAAGAAUGCGAUCAAAUUAGCUCACAUGUACGAGCAGUACUACCACCCAGAGGACCCGAAGGAUGCGUUGAGUCCGAUGACGCGGUACUACCUAUCCAAGUUUUUCCAGAUGUCGAUAUCUUCUGCGAUGUUCACGUUACUUGUGUUGAGUAUGCGGACUGAAUUGACGGAACACUUGUUCCAACGGGACCCCUCGAUGGCGGAUGAAGUGUGUGAUAUCAUAGAGACGAUCACGCAGUUGAAGAAAGUGAAUCACGUCUUGCAAGUGGUUCUUACACGGAUAUACCAUUUGGGCACAGAGAAUUUGCGAUACUCUUACUUUUCGAUCUUCAAGAUGUUUGCGAUGUACGACUUGAUCUUGCAACGGAUCAACAGUGGGCAACUGUGGUCUGGAUUGUUCCGCGAGAUUAACGGUACGGAGAUAGACCCGCGGAUCAGUAAGUUUCUGAGCAUGUCGUUCAAUGUCGAGUGGAACCUGGGCAGUGCGCACGGUGUGAAGUUAAUUGACGCGCUAAAGUCGCGGAACCAUUGUAUUGGGAUCCCCGUGGGGGACUUAAUCGAUUUUAUACAGGAGUUGGAGUCUAUGCCCGAGUAUAUGGAGAUGGCGCGACACGUGGAGCUCUCCGUGGACGGGUUGUUCCCGAUGGACCCCUCGAACUCGCUUUCCCCGCAGGACGUUUCUGGCACGUUGGGGGGGACACCACCAACUGGUGGAGAGGCGAACCUUUCGAGGAACUUGACGAGUACAUUUGGUAAUUUGGAUAUCUUCAACUACGACUUCUUCUUCCAUAACGAUGAGUAG